AUGCGUUUCAACGCUGCUUUGACUUCUGCCCUGGUCUCCUCGGCCUCCAUCAUGGGCUAUGCCCAUGCUGAGGAGACUGAGAAGAAGCCCGAGACCACCUCCUUGGCCGAGAAGCCUACUUUCACCCCCACCUCCAUCGAGGCUCCUUUCUUGGAGCAGUUCACCGAUGACUGGGACUCCCGGUGGACUCCCUCUCACGCUAAGAAGGAGGACUCCAAGUCCGAGGAGGACUGGGCCUAUGUUGGUGAAUGGUCCGUCGAGGAGCCCACUGUCCUCAAGGGUAUGGAGGGUGACAAGGGUCUCGUCGUCAAGAACGUCGCUGCCCACCACGCCAUCUCGGCCAAGUUCCCCAAGAAGAUCGACAACAAGGACAAGACUCUGGUCGUCCAGUAUGAGGUGAAGCCGCAGAACUCCCUUGUCUGCGGUGGUGCCUACCUGAAGCUUCUCCAGGAUAACAAGAAGCUCCACCUCGACGAGUUCUCGAACGCGUCUCCUUACGUGAUCAUGUUCGGUCCCGACAAGUGUGGUGCUACCAACAAGGUUCACUUCAUCUUCCGUCACAAGAACCCCAAGACCGGCGAGUACGAGGAGAAGCACCUUAAGGCCCCUCCUGCCGCCCGUACCUCCAAGGUCACCUCCGUCUACACCCUGGUCGUCAACCCCGACCAGACCUUCCAGAUCCUGAUUGAUGGCGAGUCCGUCAAGGAAGGUUCUCUCCUUGAGGACUUCAACCCCCCUGUCAACCCCGAGAAGGAGAUUGACGACCCCAAGGACAAGAAGCCCGCCGACUGGGUUGAUGAGGCCAAGAUCCCCGACCCUGAGGCUACGAAGCCCGAGGACUGGGACGAGGAGGCUCCCUUCGAGAUUGUCGACGAGGAGGCUACCAUCCCCGAGGACUGGCUUGAGGACGAGCCCACUAGCAUCCCCGACCCCGAGGCUGAGAAGCCCGAGGACUGGGAUGAUGAGGAGGAUGGCGACUGGGUUCCUCCCACUGUUCCCAACCCCAAGUGCCAGGACGCCUCCGGAUGUGGUCCUUGGUCUCCUCCCAUGAAGAAGAACCCUGACUACAAGGGCAAGUGGUCUGCUCCCUUGAUUGACAACCCCGCCUACAAGGGACCCUGGGCUCCCCGCAAGAUCGCCAACCCUGCCUACUUUGAGGACAAGACCCCCUCCAACUUUGAGCCCAUGGGCGCUAUUGGUUUCGAGAUCUGGACCAUGCAGAACGACAUCCUGUUCGACAACAUCUACGUUGGCCACUCCGCCGAGGAUGCUGAGAAGCUGCGCCAGGAGACCUUCGAUGUCAAGCACCCCGUUGAGCUGGCUGAGGAGGAGGCCAACAAGCCCAAGCCUGAAGAGAAGGCCGCCGAGCCCAGUGUUAGCUUCAAGGAGGACCCUGUGGGCCACAUCAAGGAGAAGGUCGACAACUUUGUCCGCCUCUCUAAGCAGGACCCCAUCAACGCCGUGAAGCAGGUUCCUGACGUUGCCGGUGGUCUUGCCGCUGUUCUCGUCACCAUGAUCCUCGUCAUCGUCGGAGCCGUUGGCGCCAGCACCCCGGCUCCUGCUCCCACCAAGAAGGGCAAGGAGGCUGCUGGUGCUACCAAGGAGAAGACCGGUGCGGCCACCAGCUCCUCCGCGGACACUGGCAAGGGUGGUGCUACCAAGCGCACUACCCGCUCUUCUGCCGAGUAA